UUACAUAGACAGUGUUGAUACUGCUACUCAAACUGCGUCGUCUUUUGAUGACGUAGCAGAAGAGCGACACACACAUGCUAGCAGGGGAUUUUACAUUAUGGCAACAGUACAAGUUAGCGAGGCUGAAAAAGUGUACAUCUUACACGGUAUACGGGAUGACUUACGAGUGGACGGAAGAGGCUGUGAGGACUACAGACACAUGGAAAUAGAGACUGAUGUGGUAUCUAACACAGACGGCUCCGCCAAAGUCACACUGGGGCAUACGGCAGUUCUAGUUGGGAUUAAGGCUGACAUUGGAAAACCGAGGCCCAUGGUGCCAAAUGAAGGCUACUUGGAGUUCUUUGUUGACUGUUCGGCCAAUGCAACCCCUGAGUUUGAGGGCAGAGGAGGCGAGGAGCUGGGGACGGAGCUGAGUAACACUCUCUACAAAGUCUUCAACAACAAACACAGUGUGGACCUGAAAGGCCUUUGUAUCAGUGCAGGAGAACACUGCUGGGUCCUCUACGUGGAUGUUCUGCUCCUGCAGUGUGAUGGAAACUUGUACGAUGCCAUCUCAGUAGCUAUCAAAGCAGCUCUCUUCAACACAAAAAUUCCCAGAGUGCACAUAUCGGCUGAUGAGGAAGGAGGGAAGGAAAUUGAGCUGUCAGAUGACCCAUAUGAUUGCAUGAGACUCAAUGUAGAAAACGUUCCUUGCAUAGUGACGUUGUGCAAGGUGGGCCACAGGCACGUAGUGGACGCGACUCUGCAGGAGAAGGCCUGCUCUGUAGCCAGCCUGAUCAUCUCUGUCACACACAAGGGCACGGUCACCUGCACGAGGAAGGUGGGCGGAGGCAGCCUGGAUCCAGAGAGUAUCUUCGAAAUGACAAAGGCAGGUAAACGGGUCGGGAAGGCCCUUCAUGCUCCACUCAUGAAGCUGCUGCAGCAGGAGGAGAGUUUGGGAAAGACGCGACAGAAAGUUGGCUUCCUUGGUUAACUUCAACUGCAGUAUAUUAUGUACAUGUAUACAGAAUUUUCUAAUAAAACUUUUAAUUUGUACGGCC